CAGACUGUGAUCUCCUUGGACUGGCUCAUUAUCUGACAAGACCAAGGGAAUUACAUUUUGCCGGGACUUUGUCUGUCUUUUCCUCUGACUAAUGGAUUUGGAAAUGCACAUGAAGGAAUUGAUCUAAUGAGAUGAAGGGGAUUGCUGGAUAAAUCCAAACAUGGCAGCUGUAUAUGCAUUAAUUUUGUUUCAUAUUGUCAUCAGUUUUUUACACCAGGGUUUGGGUUUGAUUUCAGACUACAAACUAUGUGGAGACCCCGAAUGUGAAAGCAUGAUAAGUCGGGUGCAGGCACAGAGAGAUCAUAUUGCUAAAGACUGCCGCUUUCUAAACUUCAAAAAAGGGGAUAUCAUCACGGUUUACUACAAACUUACUGGAAAAAGAAAUGAUCUAUGGGCAGGAAGUAUAGAAAAGCUGUCUGGAUUGUUCCCAAAAGAUGCCAUCAAAGUUGAUCAACUGUUUAUUGAUGAAAAAAAGGAAAUCCAGGUGCCGACCCAGGAAUAUGACUUCAUCUGCUUUGAUGAUAAUGGGUUAGUGAUUGAGCCCAGCAGUAAAUUUGAUGAUCUGGAAGAUUUGUCACAAGAAACCAAUCUCAAUGAAGUCCAAGAUAAACCUACGGAAACAGAAGAGAGUGAACCCAGCCAGAUUUCUGUUCAAGAUGUUUCUGAUCAAAACAGCCCCAAGACGACAGAAAAAGGUGGGUCUUCCUGGAUAGGCUCUGCUGUUAGUGGAUGGUUUGACAGGAAUGAACAAAGCAAUGAUGAACCACAGGAUGAGAUCAGUGAAGUAUCCUUCAAAAGCAGAAAAAUUGAGAUGGAUAUUGAGGAGAACCAUGUGGAGGAGAAGACGAAUUCUGGAACGUUUGGGUGGAUCAGCGGUGAACUAACCAAUGCUUUUGGGUUGGGAAACAAGGAUUUAAAAACUGAUACUCAGGACAAUAUUGAGAACCCUACAAAUGAUGAAGAUACAUCAUCUCAGCAGUCUAGCUCCUUGGAAAGUAUGGGUAGAGAUGUCUUGGACCUUAGUGAAGACCAUUCUGAAGCUGCGACUAAACAUGGAGCUGAGAAAACAGAUAAAAACUUAAACAUCCAGGAUGAGAGUAUUCUUAACCCAAGUCAGAAUAUGGGUGUUGUUGACAACAUACAGAGAGAUGAAAACAACCUAGACAGCAGUGUGGAAAAUAAGGAUGGUCCUUUGGAGGACAGGAAAACAGAAAAUGGAAAAGAAGAAGAGCAGGCGGGAUGGUAUGGAAAUAUGUACAACAGAAUCACAAACCUUUACAAAGAAGAGCAAACUAAAGAUGUUGAAGAUGAUGGAGGCAAUGACAAACUAGAAAGCCCUGGAUCUGCUUCAAAUAUAGAGACCACUGAAACCAAAGAUUCUGAAUCAAGUUCACAUUCCAUAUUUUCAGUCAACAGCCUGACAUCAAUGCUUAAGCUUCCUUUUCAAGCAGACUCAGUAGUAAAGAGAGAUGAGGAAAUGAGAGAAAAGGAAGAACAUCCAGGUAUGGAAGACUUUGAUGAAGAACAAAAUAAUAAUGAGGAUCAAGAAGAAGAAAUGUUGACUGAUAUUAAUGAACAGGACUCAAACCCAACAGACACUGAUGUACUUAGUGUUGCAACUGAUAACCUGGAACAACUAGAUGAAGUAUCGAAUAUGACAAAAUACAGCACAUAUUCACAAAUCCUUGAGAAUAAGUCAGCAGAUAAUUUAACUGACGAAGUUCAAAAUGAAAACAUUACUGAUUUUUUUGAGGGAAAGGUGGAGCAAGAUACGAGAGAUUUGAAAAGUGAUGAGGAACAGACAGGAAAGGAAGAAGAUCCAGGUAAGGAAGACUUUGAUGAGGAACAAAAUAAUUACAAGGAUCAAGAAGAAAAAGUGUUGAUUGACAUUUAUGAACAGGACUCAAACCCAAUAGACACUGAUGUACUUAUGGAAACUCAGUCACUGUCUAAUAAAACUUUAAAAGAUAGCGUUGCAUCUAAUAGCACUGAACAACUAGAUGUAGAAUCUAAUAUGACAGAUGACAGCAUCGAUUCACAAGUCCUUGAAACCAAGUCAGCAGAUCAUUUAAAUGAAGAAGUUAAACAUGAAAACAAUGUUGAUUUUUUCGAGGGAAAUGUGGAGCAAAAUACAAGAGAUGUGCAAAGUGAUCUGGAAAAGAAAGGAAAGGAAGAAGAUCCAGGUAAAGAAAACUUCGACGAGAAACAAAAUAAUUACAAGGAUCAAGAAGAUAAAAUGUUGACUGAUAUUUAUAAGCAGGACUCAAACCCAACAGAAACUGACAUGCUAAGUGAAAAAACAAUGACUUUUAAAGAUAGCAUUGCAUCUGAUAGCAUUGAACAGCUAGACAUAGAAUCUAAAAUGACAGAAGAUAACAUAGAUUCACAAAUCCUUAUAACCAAGUCAGCAAAUGAUUUAACUGAAGAGGUUAAACAUGAAAACAAUGUUGAUUUUUUCGAGGGAAAUGUGGAGCAAAAUACAAGAGAUGUGCAAAGUUAUCUGGAAAAGAAAGGAAAGGAAGAAGAUCCAGGUAAAGAAGACUUCGACGAGAAACAAAAUAAUUACAAGGAUCAAGAAGAUAAAAUGUUGACUGAUAUUUAUAAGCAGGACUCAAACCCAACAGACACUGACAUGCUAAGUGAAAAAACAAUGACUUUUAAAGAUAGCAUUGCAUCUGAUAGCAUUGAACAGCUAGACGUAGAAUCUAAAAUGACAGAAGAUAACAUAGAUUCACAAAUCCUUAUAACCAAGUCAGCAAAUGAUUUAACUGAAGAGGUUAAAAGUGAAAAUAAUGCUGAUGUUUUAGAAGGAGCUGUAGAGAAAAAUAUGAAAGAUGUGCAAAGUGAUAAGGAAAAGACAGCAAAGGAGGCAAAUUCAUGCAGGGGUGAUUUUAUUGAACAACAGAAUGUGAAUAAUGAAGAAAUAUCUGAUGUUGUCGAGCAAGAAUCAAACACAAAGGAUGUUGAAUUACUUAGUGAAACUCAGGUUCUCUCUGAUGAAACAAUUACUUUAAAAGACAGCGUUGCAUCUGAUUGCAUUAGAGAUAUAGAUGGCUUUUCUAAAGAAUCUAAUGCCCAAAAUGGUGAUGAAGUUAUGUCUGCAAAUAAAAACGAUAUUCAGAGCACAAACAACUUAACUGAUUCAGCUGAUUACAUUUCAGAGGGCAAGUUGACACAAAGUCUGUCUGAUCAAGGCAAUUUAGACAUUAUCAAACAGCAAGAAAAUGAUGCUAAUGAACCUAGUGCAGAUCCUGUAACUGGUGCUAAUACAUCUGAACUGUCAGAUAUUCAAACAGGUACUCAGUUACAUCAUGAAAAAACACAAGAAUCAAAUGUUGCAGAUUUGUACGCUGACUCUCAUACUGAAACUCUCACAGCUGGUCAAAGUGUAAAUGCAGAUGUAAACGCAGAACUGAUUAUGGAUGCAUUAUCAAAAUAUAAUAAUGAAAAACAAUUAGCUGAAAGCGAUCAAAGUAUAUUGAAAGAAAAUGAUGAGUUAGUUAUAGACAGAAAAGAUGAAUUAGUUAUGGAAAGAAAUGAGGCACAGUUAGAUGAAGUACUACCAAAAGACAUCACAUUUCAUCAAGAAAAGUUAUCAGAUUCAGAAGCACAUGCAACGCAAAUGAGCAAUGAAGAUAAACUGGGCACAAACAUAAAUCCUCUUGAUGAAAGAUCUUCUCCUAAUCACACUCUUGUAGCAGAUGAAUUAACUGUAACUAGUGAAGAAAAAUUGCAAUCAGAGCUUGAUUCAAAUUCAUCCCUAAAUGUCACAGAUUAUGAGAUAGAUAAUACCAGUGAAUCGCAUCAUGAAUCAUUGGUGACAGAAAACUCAGGUAUAAGUAUUGUUAAGGAUAUUGAUUCAGUAGGUAAAUAUGAUGAUGAGGCUGUAGUUCUCGAAGAACAAGAGCAAUCAGAUACAGUUUCCGAACAUACAGGUCAUGAUCAAAGUUUACCAGAAAAUGCAGAAAUUGAUAAUAUUUCUAACGCUGUGGCUGAAGACCCAGAUAGAUUUACAACUUCCACAGAAACUGAACCGACAAAUGAAUUCUUCUCAAAGAAUGACUCAGUUCAGGAUGGCAAUAUUAAUAUCAUACAUGAACAAAAUCAAAGUGUUGAGUACAAAGAGGAGACUGACACAGCAAAUAAUGAGGAUUGUCAAACCGAUUCAGAAAGUGUCACACGAAGGGAGGAAAGUGGCACAGGUGCCAUCUGGGAUCAAAGUGAUGAUGGUGAGAUGGCAGUGAAGUCAGAAGAUAAAGAAGAACAUAGUGAUGAAGAACAGCCUGGAAGCCUUGAAACUCAAGACAAAAAAACUGUCAAUGAACCUACAGAAACCUCUAAAGAAUAUACAAACUUAUAUCCUCACCUGAGCAAAAAGAAUAUUGAAGACCUUUUAGAUUUAUUUGGAGACCAGAAGUUGUCGUGGCUGGAUUCCAAAAUGGGAAAUGUUAAUGAUAAAGGUCAAGAUAAUGAUGACAUUGAUGAACUCGGUGACUUUGAACAGCUGUUGGAUUACCAUAUGAAGAUGAACACCAAAUUGGGACAUAUUCAACAAGAUAAAGGUUUUCCUGGCAGGGAUAAUGCUAAAGAAUAUCCAGCACUACAAAAACUGUUAACCCUCUUAUCUUCUCACAGAAAGAAAUAUUCACCAGUGAUAACAGAAAACAGUUUAGAAAGCCCAGGGAUCAGCAAAGAUGACUGUGUUCAUGAUGCAUGUCUAGUGCAUAAGAAUACACAAAUCUCCACAAUAGAGGCUGAAAAUAAUCAAGUUACCGAAGACAGAGCUGAUAUAAAUGACUUGGGCAAUCCUCAGAAUGAGCCAGUCUCUAGGGAAAAGGACCUUUCAGCAAACAGAGCUAAUGUGGAGGAUGUUCAGACUGAUGAGCAGGAUAUACAAAAGCAUGAGGAUUGGACAUCUUCUGAAACCAAGAAAAGUACUUUCCAAAGCCAUGGUCUUAUCUCUGAGGAGCAUGUUGAAUCACAGAAAGGUGAAGGGCAAUUUCAUCAGAUGGCAGUUUUUGUUGAAGUCACAAUUAAUGAAAUUGCAUCUAUAGUCAACAAUGUUGUGUCUUCACUUCCUGAUGAUAUCCGGCCUGGCCCUGACUUAUAUGGACUGCCAUGGGAAGCUGUGGUUUUCACUGGAUUUUUAGGUUUAUUCACACUGCUUCUGUUCAGCUGCAGGUUCAUUCAUUCUAUCAGAAGUCGACUAUAUGCAAGUAAAGAAAAGCAAAUGGCGCUGAAAGUGGCUGAACUGCUUGAUGAAAAAUGCAAAGUGCUGGAGACAUUCAGUGAGGUUAAACAGAAGUUUGACAAACUAGAGUCCAAACUGCAGAACAAUGGCAUGUCUGCACAAACUGCAGAAAAAGACAAUUUAGAGGUGGCAUCACAGAAGCUUGAACAAUCAAAUGCACAGAUGAAAAAUGAAAUAGAGAGGCUGCAAGAAGAGCUAUCCCAACAAAACAAAGCAAGAAAACAGCAAGAGGAUCAGCUUGCUGAACUCGAGCAGAUUUUAAGAAAUUUAGAAGAGGAAGCUAAAGAACGAAAGUCCCAGUUAGAACAGGACAACACAACGCUGAAGAUCCAUGAGAUCAACACAGAGCGACUGCAGAAGAACCUGCAGGCGGCCAAAGAAGAGCAUGCAAUGCUGCUCGAGAGUAAAGCACAGCUGGUGCAGGAGGCAGAGGACUGGGGUGAACGUCUCGGUGAGCUGGAGGAGGAGAUGAAAAUGUGUGAAAGAUCACAUACUAGCAUGCUGGAGGACUGCGCUAAUAAAGAUGAUCGCAUCAAGUCACUGACGGAGCACCUUUUGAAGAUGCGAGAUUGGGAUUCUGAGGACGAGAGCUGCGUUGACGGCAGCACUAAUACAGCUGGAGCUGAGAAUGGAGACAGUUCAGAUUUCCAUCAGAAGCAAAAAGUACAGAAACUUAUUGAAGCGGCCAAGAUGAGUGCAGACUUGAAGUCCAUGGAGGAGGACAAGAACAGAGUAUUCGCCAAACUCGCAGAUGAAAUUAAAGCCAAAGAAGAUCUCCAAGAGGGGAUCAAACAGCUUGAGGAGCAGAAGGAGGUGUUGGAAUCAGAAAGUGCCAACUAUGCUAGUGAAAGCCAGAAACUCCAGCAGAAACUCCAGAUCAUGACUGAGAUGUACCAGGAGAAUGAACUCAAACUACACAGGAUGUUGACAGUGGAGGAGAAGGAGCGCUUGCAGAAGGAGGAGAAGCUCAACAAGGCAGGCAAGAAGAUCAGUCUUGCUGCAGAGGAGCUCAACACUUAUAGACAACGAGCCAAAGACCUCGAGGAAGAACUGGAAAGGACUUCACAGGCCUACAAGAAUCAGUUUGCUUCUCAUGAGAAAAAGGCUCAUGAUAACUGGCUAGCCGCAAGGGCAGCAGAUCGAGACCUGGCUGAUGUCAAGAGAGAAAACGCUCAUCUCCGCCAGAGGCUGACUGAUGCCCAAUUCAAGUUUGAGAUACUUGAAAAGGAUUUACGAGAGGGCAGACCGUUAUUUAGAGGUGAAAGAUCUCCAUUUGGACCCUCUCCUCUUAGCCGACCAUCCUCAGAAACACGGGCCUUCCUGUCCCCUCCGACACUAAUGGACGGACCCCUUCGACUCUCACCUCAGUUUAUGGGUACAGGAAGAGCAUCCCGUGGCGUGGUAGAGCCCCCUAGUGGUGGGCCAGACUUUGAUCGGAGUGGCCCUCACUCUGAUAGUGGCUCACUCUCUCCCUCCUGGGACAGGGAACGCAGGGGCCCUCCCCCACCUCCAGGUCACCCUCUCCCAGACCCGGGUUUGCCCUUUAGGAGGCCUCCUCCAGGUCUGUAUCAUAUGGGUCCGCUGCCUCCUAGACCUCCACUUCCUCCUGAGACAUACUUUGGUGAUAAAUCAGAUUCAUCAUUUUUAAGAAACAGUUCAUCCAUUAGUGAGAAUGAGAGCAGAGACGGUCCUCACUCGAUGCCUGGUGACAUGAGAUUGCCCUCUGAUCCAGAUUUAAGAAUGGGACCUCUUCCUGGCCCCCCAUUAAUGGGAAUGCCCCCACUGAUGGACCCUAGGGGCCCACACUUCCCACCCAGGGGCCCUUAUGGACCUCCGGAGUUCUUUCCCCCUUGUGGACCUGGUGGUCCCCCCAUAGGCAUGCGAGGGCCACUUCCCCCGGGAAUGUUUCCCAGAGCUCCAAUGCCGCUCCCUCAACAUAUGGGCUAUCUGCCACCAAGACCUCUGUCUGACAGCUUCUCCCCCAGACCGCCACCCAGACCCUCCCCACCGGGCAGCGAGCAACCCCCCGACCAGUCGCCCUCUCAUCAUGAUGUCAUCUGAUCUCUCACGCUCUUUUCCUCAGCUGCAAACUGUUUCCAACUUCCUGUUGUUGUGCUCAGGGGGUGUUUCCUUUCAUAUGUAACCACAGUAGCCUUGUGGUUACCUCUUACUUACGUCUUAGCUGACAGCACAAGCAUGGCAAAGGGUGCAGCACAUGCCACUGGUUAUAAUAUUAUAAGGAGGAAGUUGAUUUCAGGUACAGUGUAAGUGUGCAGCCUUUGUGAACCUGUAGGUAAAUUGGAAAAAGUCAAUUAGACUGCCUUUUAACAAGACUAUAGGUGCUCAGGUUUGUGAUGUUCUUAUCCUUUUUUUCUUAAUUGAAGGUAGUUGAUAAAAGGUCCUCAUAUUUGUCAAACUGUAUGUAUAGAAAGUCGAAGUAUAUAUUGUGAAUAGGAUGCUGUUGAAACAAGACUUUAGUAACUUGACAAAUCCAACAACUCAAAGAGAAAAGUCCAUGUAGCGAAUAUAUUUAUAAUUUCCUCUAAUAACAACUCAUGCCUUAAAAUAGGUGGUCUGAUGAAAUUAUGUACAUUAAUAAUAAAAGAUGUCAUUUGAAAAA